AUGAGUCAAAGCUCGACCAGCCCAACAAUCUCCAACAUCGCCUCAUGGGCCCUCAAGUUCAGCCCGACGGCGUGGCUCAAGUCCUGGCUGUUGUAUCUGGGGAUUGAAACCCAUGUUCGAGGGACGCUAGAGCCCGAGAUGAAGCCGUUGCACAGCGUCUGCGAAUACCUUCACGCUCUUCACAUCUACACUGACGAGGCACGUCGGGGAGAAGUGAGGACUGUGUCUGCCCACCACUUCUGUUCCCAUGUCAGCAAAGACCUUCGGCAAUGCUUGAUCUACGAUUCCUGCCAGCCGAACGCACGCCUCAUCGGCGUCGAAUACAUGAUCCCCAAAUCCCGCUACGAGGCUCUCGACCCGGUGGAACAGAAGCUGUGGCAUUCUCACGAGUUCGAAGUCAAGUCGGGAAUGCUGGUGCUGCCAUAUCCACAAUCUCACGCAGGUCGGAAGGAAGCAUGGGACAACCUCGAGACUCAAGCCAUGGAAGAGGUGGUCGGCCUGUACGGCAAACUAUAUCACUUCUGGGAAGUCGAUAAGGGGCACGAGUUGCCGCUCGGACAGCCCAAGCUGAUGGGUUCGUUGACCGAGUUCAAGCAACUCGAUGUUGACAAGGCCAUGGAACAGAGGAAUAAAGAGCAAGGCAUUGAUCAGGAGAAAAAGCGGCAGUUGAGGGAGCACAUUCCGUUGCCUGUAAUUCAUCCCAAUUCGGACAGUUGGUGGAAGGAGGCUCAGGCCAAAAAACAGGGGAUUUAUGCCGAGUAG